AUGCCUUCAGCGUACAAUGAUUAUGGGAUAAAGGACAUAUGGGCGAGCAAUCUGGAGGAAGAGUUCAAAAGUAUAAGGCAGCUGAUCAACAAGUAUAGCUAUGUGGCGAUGGACACAGAAUUUCCGGGAGUUGUGGCAAGACCGAUUGGAGAAUUCAAAAGUACAGCGGAUUAUCAGUAUCAAAUGUUACGAUGUAACGUGGACUUAUUAAAAAUUAUCCAAAUUGGAUUUACAUUUCUGGAUGAAGAAGGGAAUCAUGUGAAACCACAUCAGACGUAUCAGUUCAACUUCAAAUUUAACCUCACUGAGGAUAUGUAUGCCCAAGAUUCCAUAGACUUACUACAAAACUCAGGCAUACAGUUUAAACGUCAUGAAGAUGAUGGUAUCGACCCUGUCCACUUUGCGGAACUUUUGAUGACAUCAGGUGUUGUUCUUAGUGAGCAAGUCAAGUGGCUUUCAUUUCACAGUGGUUAUGACUUCGGGUACAUGUUGAAAAUAUUGACCAAUACAAAUCUACCUACAGAGGAGCAAGAAUUCUUUGAGUUGCUACGGAUAUAUUUUCCAAACAUAUAUGACGUAAAGUACCUGAUGAAAAGCACUAAAAAUCUCAAGGGAGGACUACAGGAAGUUGGCGAACAACUAGAGAUUGAAAGGCAAGGUCCACAGCAUCAAGCAGGAAGUGAUAGUUUACUAACUGGGAAUGCUUUCUUCAAGAUGAGAGAAAUGUUUUUCGAAGAUAAUAUCGAUGAUGCAAAGUAUUGUGGCCAUCUAUAUGGAUUAGGGACAUCUUAUGUUCAGAAUGGGAACUCAUGUGAAGUGAUCAAUCAAAGUUCUGCAUAUGCUGGACCUGGAAAAACCAAUUCCCAUACUCCUACUCCUACGCCGAAUAGCUCUGACACCCCAAAUUCCUCAACGCCUGUUCCAUCAUCAAGUUGA